AACUCGGCAUAAACCUUAACAUCCGUACAAAACAUUUUGAGAUUGGACUCACCCCAGGUGACCACCUCGAACGCACCACUCCUGGGGGUGUGGAUCCAGUAAUUCCCCGCUGACUGGAAACAGUAGGCAAAAUCAUGGGACGGCGGUCCGAGCAUUGAGCCAGCCAGGCUGAGGACAGAGACAAAGCAGUGGCAGCGUGAUCCACUUCAGACUGCAUUAUCACCAUCAUCGCCAUCAACACUGUGCAGGUUGUUUUGUGUCGGUGAGAGGCGACAUCGGGCUGACUCGGGAUCAGCCCAUGCAGGAGGAUGGAAAUAGAGAAGAGGACGAAUGGGUUCGACUACCCCGAGAGAAACAACGCCAAGUCCGUUAACGGCUUUUACAGUGACCAUCCAGUGGAGUCUGAACAGAAUGACAGUAUGGAUGCAAUCAAUGAAAGUAGUCUGGAUGAUCCAGCUGACCAGCGUACUUGCCUUAUCUGUGGAGAUCGCGCCACAGGCCUGCACUAUGGCAUCAUCUCCUGUGAGGGCUGCAAGGGCUUCUUCAAGCGCAGCAUCUGCAACAAGCGUGUGUACCGCUGCAGCCGUGACAAGAACUGCGAGAUGUCACGCAAGCAGCGCAACCGCUGCCAGUACUGCCGUCUGCUCAAGUGUCUGCAAAUGGGAAUGAACCGCAAAGCUAUCAGGGAGGAUGGCAUGCCAGGAGGGAGGAACAAAAGCAUCGGGCCUGUUCAGAUCACAGAGGAGGAGAUAGAGCGGAUCAUGUCGGGGCAGGAGUUCAAGGAGGACGCCCCGGAGCACACCUGGGGCAACAACGGUGACAGCGACCACAGCUCUCCCAGCAACGGAGCCUCGGAGGGCAACCAGCCGUCACCCGCUUCCACUCUGUCAUCCAAUCGCUCUGUGGAAAUGAACGGCUACACGGCAGCCCUCAGGGACCAGUAUAUCAACAGCACCAUGUCCACACACUACCAGCUCCUUCCUCACCUGUUCAGUUACGCUGCCCAGUCUGGCCUGCUGGCCCCCCAGCCCCGCAGCCUCUACCCACAGUCCCACCCUCUGGUGCUACAGCUGGUGGCUGCUGAAGACCUGGCCCCCCUGGCCACCCCUAUGCUCAUAGAAGACGGGUACAAAGUCACACAGGUGGAGCUGUUUGCUCUGCUGUGUCGCCUGGCAGAUGAGCUGCUCUUCCGUCAGAUCUCCUGGAUCAAGAAGUUGCCAUUCUUCUGCGAGCUCUCCAUAGAGGACUAUACCUGUCUGCUCAGCUCCACCUGGCAGGAGCUCAUCCUGCUCUCCUGCCUCACCAUCUACAGUGCCCAGAUCUUUGGAGACCUGGCCAACGUCACUGCCAAGUACACACCGUCUGACGAUGAGCUGCAGGGCUUCAGCGAGGACGGCAUGGAGGUGAUGGAGAGGUUGAUAUAUCUAUUUCGCAAGUUUCACCAACUGAAGAUCAGUAAUGAGGAGUAUGCCUGUAUGAAAGCCAUCAACUUCCUCAACCAAGAUAUCAGAGGACUGUCCAACAUCUCUCAGCUCGAGCAGCUGAACAAACGCUACUGGUAUGUUUGUCAGGACUACACUGAAUAUAAGUACCCGCACCAGCCCAAACGCUUCCCUGAGAUCAUGAUGUGUCUCCCGGAGAUCCGCUGCAUUGCAGGAAAGCUGGUGAAUGUCCCUCUGGAGCAGCUCCCCCUCUUGUUCAAAGCAGUCUUGCACUCCUGCAAAUCCAGCCUGACCAGCUACAGGACCGGCCCGUCGCCCUGUGUGACCACCUCCUCUGGAAACUAGGCCUGACCCCCCCGAGUCAAGGGACUGGUCUCCCCCCUUGUGAAUGUGACAAGCAGCUAGUUUGUUUUUUGUAACUUUUUUCUUUAUAUAUUUAUUACACGACAGAGCUGAAUGUAUGCUGAUUUACACUGUGCACAUGCUUCUGUACAAAACAAAUGCUCGUAGAUGCAUUGGUCUUUGGAGUUUACAAGUGUGUAUCCAGUUUGCUCAAUGUGUCAGUGUUGCUAUUGUUAGAGCUAGACUUUUAAAGAGUUUAUUUUAUUCAGACGGGGGCAGAUAGACACAUGUGACGAGUGUUUUAAGACUACCUCAGGAAGAUGUUGUUGCUAUUUUCAGGUACCUUUUCUUGCUGUUAAAUGAAGAGUUGCCCAGUCUAAAACCAAAUCCCUGUGGAUGCUUUGGCACCUCAAUCAGACACUGAAUGUUCAAAGGAGCUGCAUAAAUCAAAGAUCGAAAACCAGUGUUUUGUUACACUGAAAAUGCAAAAUUAAUUAGCAAAAUUGAGCGACUUUAUCAGCAUGGACUCUCAGGCAUCCUGCUUAUGGGAGGCGGCCUUGUCAAUUUAACAUUCCAUGAGUUAAGGUGACAGUUGGAUCUGUAGGAUUUUCAUUGAAAAAGGAGCAUACGGGUAUUUUCUACAAUCAUAGACUGGGGAUUUAAGUCUUUAUUGCAGGGGAGGGGAAGAUAGCUAGGUUUGCUGUUUUAGUUUUAUUGUUUUUCUUUUUUGACCAAAGUGUUAUGCAAUGCUUUUUUCAAACACCCAUUGAUGGGUAAGGAGCUGAUAGCUCCAGCAAAAAAAAAAAAAAAUAGAUUUCUUAUCAAUGAAGGACCAGGAUAAGAAAUGAAUCAAUCUGUGUCAGAGGGGAGAACCCUCUGCUGGACAGACAAGUAAGUUGCCGGAUUUUAUUCUAAAUGCUGCUAAACGUGCACGCAUUCUUGUGUAUAUACACAUGUAUGCAUAGAGCAGAUGUGAUUCCCAGUCUUUGUUUUUCCCUCUGCCUCUUGUCAGAUGGCUCAUUUUUUUGGGCUCUGCAGCCUUCAGUGCCAGGAACUUGAUGCACUGUACACUGCUCUCAACACACUAUCAUCUAAAUUUCAGAUCCACAGUACUGGCUAUGUUUGGUUAAAGUGGUAGUCUGUGAAAUCUUGCAUUCCACAAUUUAUUCAGAACAAACUAAAAGCUAGAAAAACAAUGCUUGGUGUUUUGGAACCACCAGAGAUCUUCAUGGGUCAAAAAAAUGUAUGACCUACUAGAACCAAAAUGGAACCGACAACAAUUGGAUCCAAGUCAGAACUCUCAGUGUUUGCUGCCUCCAGUUCAUUUGAAGCUGGUGUAGAGCACUAGCUUGAGCUAACUUAUCCAGCUUCAAACCGGUUGGGAACACCCCAAAAACCAAUUGGUCCAUUCACAAGUUCUUUUGGCCAGUGUCAUGUCAGUUUUAGAGGAACUUAGACUGUUUUUAGGUCUUGUCAGGUCCAAUCAAAAUUUUGCACAGACCCAAGACCAGUAGCAGUUUAAGGCAGACCUGAUCCGGAUCCAAGGGGCGCAGUGUGAUUUGGCUCACAUGUGGUCCUCAGUGUUUUACUGGGUAAGGUUGGUGCAAAGACAAAACAAAUGACAUUUCACUUAACAACUGUCUGACACAAAUUUUGCAGAUUAUCACUUUAACCUGGCUAGCAGUGGAUUCAGUGUGAUUGACCCGGGCCAUGUCUCAAUGAAUCCAGACUUGGUUUAGGUGAGACUUUAGGUGACUUACCUCCGGCUUGCAUACCCUCUGUGACAGAUAUGCACAUUGUUUAAAAAAAGCCAUAGAAAAUGGUCUUUAUUUUUGAAGUAUGAGAUCAUCAUUUCAAACUGUUUGAAGUGUCUUCUUGGAUUUCUCAAGUUUUUAGCCGUUUCAUGAUGUAGAACAAUUUGAAAUGCAGACAAAAUGCAGUCCUUGCAACGACUCUCUUUUUUGCACACGACGGUGAGGUUCGGAGACCUUGACCCUUGACCUCCUUGGCCACUGCCCACCCAGUGUGUUCCUCUCUCUCAGGUUCCUGCCAACCUGGAUCGUAACAGGGUAAAGUGAGUGUUAUGUAUUGCAUUCAGGAGUUCCUCAGUGACCACACUGAUGUACUUGUAGUAUUAGUAGAUGUAGGUUCCGGGACAUUGUAGGUCCUCUAUAGAAAAGUGUUUUUCUUUUCCACUUUAUUUCCCUCAAGGUCCCCAACCCCCACCCUCCACCCCCCUUCAUUCAGUGAAAGUGGAUGUAGUUUGAAGGUGAGACAGGGUGGAUUUUUCUCUUGGCAUUGGUGAUGGAGUGAGCGAGAGACAGUGGCAUCUUCAGAAUGCCGCGGCUUCUCUCUCCUGUUUCCAUCCACCUCUCUGUGUGCAGCCUUAACACCAUUAGUCCAAUGCAGAGUUCCUCUUUCAAAUGUUUCAGUUAGCCUCUUUUUUCAUUUUUUGAUUUUUAUACAUUUUCAUGUACCUUUUGUAGUUAUUGUGAAUCUUUUGGGUUUUUGUUGUUUUCACAUAUUCAUUGUCUUUCUUUUUUGUGGAGUGAAGACAGCCCCUAUCAUUUUCUAAACUUUGAUUGAAUUCUUUACUUUAUUUUUUUUUUACAUGAUUUUUAAUAACUCAUUCCCUUGUCCACAGUCGUUUAUGGUAACAGGUAUUACUCAGGUGAUGUCAGCCAUGUUUUACACAGACAAUACUGACAUCCUGGAGCCUUUUAAGUAUUAUUUGAAUCAUUUUCCACUGAACCAUGAGGUUCAAAACUCUGAUUCUUGGAUUCUAAGAGCAGUUAAGAUGGAUGUAUGGAGAACAUCACCUGUCUCCAUUUUGUACAAUAUGCAUCAUUCAUCACACAGGCCUCUGAGGUUAAAGGGUAAUUUUGUCUGAAUUGCAAAAAACGUACAACAUUUUCUCACUUACCUCUAGUGUUAUCUAGCCACUGUGAUUGUGUUUUCAUUGGAACUGUUUUCCACUAAAGAAAUAGUCCCUAUCAAAACUGUCCAUAAUGUUAAAUGCUGUUGAAAGUUAAACAUUCUGUGCUCUAUUCCAAAUAACAGGGACACUGUGUCUGGAAAGAGAAGUUUCUGUGAAAGGUAAAAGGUAAAGGUAAUUGGUUUUUACUGUGAGCACCAUAAUUAUAUAACCAUAAUUAAAAUAACUAUAAUUGUGUGCUUGACUAGAUACAACUAAGUGAGUAAGUGAGAAAAUUAUUUUACUGAACUGGACACUUUAAAUUGCAUAAUCUCAGGGAUAUGUACUCUUCUUUAAAAGGUCUGAGUGAUGUGAUGUAUAAAAAGAAAAUUCCCCCAAACUCAUUGACCACUGCUGAGAAGCAGCUAGUUUCAUUGUAGAUUUUUUUAAAAGAAAAAAAAAUAGCUGUCAUACAAUAGUGUCAGAACGUAAAGAGCGGCCAUUUUGCCCAUAUGUUUAACAAUCAGUCUUGGAAAUGUAGGAUUCUUUUAACUGUAGCAGAAGUAAGAGAAAGGUUCAGGGUGACCAACAACAAAGUCACUUCAUCUCAAAGUAACUCCAGGAAUGCGCUGAACAUCACAGACGACUGAGAUCUGACAGUGGAAGAGGAUCUGAAGGGGGAUUUUUCCUUUAAUGUAGCAGAAAAUAAUAUCAAUACUGGCCUCUGCCCAUCAACAUAAAAUAAAAACUCACCACAGCUACCUCACUGCCAUUGCUCUGACUUAUCAUAUUUUGAUACACAAGUGUUUUUUAAUUUUCUGUAUUAGUAUUUUUUUUUUUUUUUUUUUUUUUUGCAGACAAGGACAAAUAUGUCAUUUGCAAUUUCUGUACUGAAACUACCUCUUUAUUUGUCAUCAUGUUGCUUACUUUCAAAUAGGUGAUUUUGUUGUCUUAUUUAUUGGUUUCAUUGCACCAAUGUUCUGUUAUUUUGUGUCUUUUAUUUCACUCAGUGACCUCUCCAGUUUAUACCAAGCGCUGAUACCUGUUUUCUUCAUCUUAUUUUAAAAGCGUAAACAUGUUGCCUCAUAAUCCUCUCUACCUCAGACUCGCCUGCUGUCAGCAGCUUGUAUUUUCCUUGAUCUCUGGCUGUAUAGUAUGUUACACACUCUUAAUGUCUCGUGUCAGGGAUCCUCUUCCUCCCUUUUUUGGAUUCCUUUCAUCUUAAGUUAGCGUCAUAUUUUAUUUCACUUCAGCCCUGUUAUCGUGAAUCCAAUACCAAAGAUGAAAGAAUUUCAAUGACAGCAUGACAUGAAUGUCAGUUUACUGAUUAAGCAUUCACGUGAUGCAUUCUUGCUGCAGUUAACCUGUGCUUUAUUUUCCUGUGUUGACCUUUUUGGAAUACGAAAGUUAUCUUGUGAAUGGUUUGCUGUGUACGCUAUAUUCACCACAUUAUGAUAUGACAGUGUGUUUUUUUCCCUCAUUGUGCUCCAUGAUUGUUGUUCAUUGUUAAGGUGGUUCAAGGUAACAUGGAGUGAUAACAAUGGAACUGUUAUCAUAUCUGACUCUGUCAAUGCAGAAAAUUGUGAUCGAUUAUCAAUUGGAGAACGCAAUUGUGGUCAAACUGACAUAUCUUUGUGUUUACAUGCUUUCGCUCACUCGUCUGACCCUGACUCUGUGGCACGCGACUGUAGACAGACUACUGCAGUGUUACCACUGGGGCUGGACUCAUGGCUUUUGAAUAGAAGCCUUACUUACUGAUAUAGAACAUCGUGACAUUCAACAAGAGGGGACAUUUUAGAAACAGUUUUGCUUUUUAAAUGUAUAUUCUGGCUCUUGAGGUCGAUACAUUUUAAUCAAUGUGACUUAAUUGCAGAGAUCUGGGGUUGCUGAGUCCACAGUUAAAGCAGCUUAUUUGGAAGUAAAAACCAGUACAUUAGUAUUUAGGCCAAAUUUUAAACAUCCAUUACAUCCUGCAGAAAUAGAUUAUGAUUGAACUUAUUUUAGAUAUCCACACAGGCAAUUUUACGAAGCAAGUGGCGCUUUACUUACAUUUUUCUUUCAGAAAAUGGCAUUAAACUGCAGAUGUAUUGAAAAUCUGGUCAUCUGACUGCUCAUGUUGCUUGUCUUAGACUCCCCUUGUAAUUGUCUACAAGUGUCCCCAAAUCCCCAGAUCAUAGUAAUGACAAUUGAUAGAAAAUGUCAUCAUAGCAAUUGCAGAAUAAUUUGAAAAAUUAAGAUUAAGAUUCAGGUCAUAAAAAAGCAGAAUUUCUCUUUAAAUAAAGUAAAGGUUAAGCCAUGUUUCACACAGUUUUUGCAGCUGUGGUCAGGGAAGAACCACCAUCCAUCUCGUAAAGACUCUCCAUAAAAGGCUACAGGCAAACCAACGUAUGUCUCCAACCCUAGCACUGUAACACUGCUGGUACCCUGGAAAGAUGAGAUCUGGAGUACACUGUUAUAGUAAGAGCUUAUAAUAAAGUUGAAUCGUCAGUUGUUUAUUAAAAUCUCUGUGCUCCCGAUCUCAUCUUUUCACAUCCUGUCUCAGUUAUCCUGUCUGUUGAGGCACCAACAGUUGAGGCUGUUUCGGCUUUAAGUUGGCUGUUGAGCAGAGACUCCCUCACCACAGUUAGAACUCUGUUCUACAGGAACACAAGAUAAGAAGAGUUGGGAAGAAGUAAAAGAGUAGAAAAUUUUUGACAUAUCUCAGGGAAGAAAUAGAUUUACACACUGUCAUCACCUGUGAACAGAGAACUGAAAUGCCUUUAUGUUUUUCUCUUCAAAAAUCUCUUCUCUGCUCUUGUUACUUUAACUACCUGUGAAGAAUGUGAUCCAUUACGUGUUAAAAGCAUGUUUAGAAUGUGUUAGGACUUGAAAACAAAUAAAUGUGAACGUUAUGCAAGUGCA